CGUCGUUAACGUACCCGCUGACCAUCCAUGGAAUUUCAAGGAUUCCCCCGAAUUCAUAGUAUAUUUUUUGCUGUCUUUGACAAUGACAAGGGUCCAGUUGUACAGCAUCAAGUUCCAGAAGGAACCAUCGUUCCACAUUCGCCUGAAACCGAUCCUUCCAGCUCCAAUGGUCUGAAUGAUGCACUCUUUUGCACAAAGCCUAUUAUUGACUUUGAGGCGAUCAGCGAAUACAUCAUUACCAAAGAACAGUUGAACGGAAGACUGGUUUCCGUAUGUAACAACAACUAUAAAGUCAUGGGUGUUCCGGUUUGCAUAACGGAUCAUGUUCGCUACAAACUACUUCGAACCAAGUACCGAUUCAAUCUAUGUUUUGUCUUCGAGAGAGAUGCAGAGACGAGUAGCUACGAACCAAUUGUUCAAAAGAUGGCUACUGUUUUGGAGGUUUUGGAGCGAGAGAGCGAUUUUCUCACAGGGGACACCACGAAUUCUGGUGCAGUUACCAUACAAAACGUUAUUGAACAGUUAUUGGAAGAUCUCAAUAGUUACUGCGAGUGCCAGAUUCCCAUAAAUGAUUCCAACACCAUCAACCUCAAGCUGUUUCCAACCUAUCCAAAUCCUACGAGUGUUCAGAAUUAUCAUGUACCUGUUUGCACUGUCGAUCUUUCUUCAAUGAUGAGCAUCAACUGGGAUAUCACUCUCUGCAAAAUAAUCAACCACAUUAAUGGAAUCAGUUCAGUCCGGAAAAUUGCGGACAAGGCAAAUGUUAAAAUAGAGUGGGCACGACAGAGCAUCGAACACCUUUUAUAUUACGGAUGCAUCAUUCUCAUCGAUAUAUACCAAUUUUCCAACAUUUAUUCCAUCAAACCAGAAGUUAUGCAGCUUCUAGAUGAAAAGAGCGGUUUACAAGAGGAGUGCAUAGACUAUGUAACCCUGCCAGAACAUUCCCCACCUACCAUAUCACAGUUGUUCAAGCUGUACUGUGGCUUACAACAUGGUAUAACGUUAAAGAGCCUGAUAACGAAUAAUCGAGAGCAGGCAGAGAAUAUUGAUUUACGGCGGUUGAUCACAUUUGGUGUGAUUAAGGGUCUCAUUUAUCGUGUAUACAAAUACCCGAUGCUAGUCAAUUUGACUACAGCAGCCAGCGUUUCAGCUGAGACUCUCCCCAGCAAUGUCAUCAACCAAAAUACCGGAGGGCCUCUCGAUUCUCAACUACUGUCCUUCCUGGAUGGAAACCACCAUUAUGAUGAAAUAUGCACUGAACUGAGAUGUUCGCCCAAAGAACUGGAUGAGCAAUUGGGUUAUACCACCAAUGUCGACAGUGUCACCAAGCAACUGGCAGGUUUGGAUUCCAACGAAGCUGGAGAUACUGUCAGCGUGGAUUCUCGUGCUGUGUUAGGUGAUUCCAUCAACAACUCAAAUGGUAGCAUGGAUCUAUGGGCUGUCCGAUUUGUCUUUCGAUAAGCUAUAUUGUAGACGCAUACAUUGUAAAUUAUAUACCUAUAAAAAAUACAUCUUGAUUUUUUUUAAUUCACAUCUUAAAUGA